UAGCAACGGAUGCGUCAUAGCAACCGCCGGCCGAGGCGCUGAAGUUUGUGCUCUUGAGUUUAGUUUUGCUGAGAGAAGAGUCGAACUCACACUUUCAGCUCUCGGAACUUUUUCUCCAGGAUACUGAAAAGAGGCUUCUUACCCUCAGUGUAGCAGUUCAGCUACAGGGAACAUGAGUACCCUCAUGAUCUUUAAAAUGGGAAAGAAAACACAAUCCCAUCUUUGCUGAAUUAAUAGCCCAAUCUGCAGAUCCCAGAUUGAACUCCUGAUCUUCCCUUUCGGAUCUGCUCCUCCCAUAAGAACCUCACCUCUCUGCCGUCAUCAUUCCUGUGGACUACGGAAAAUCUCCUCACUGGAUUCCUUGAUUCAGCCCUUCCUUCACUGCCAUCUUCUCUCCACACGGCAGCCAUCAUGAUCCUUAAAAUAACGCAAAGUUGAUCAAGACAAGGUUCACUGCUGUAUCUCUAACACCUAGGAUAGCAUCUGACACAUCCUAGUCGCUCAGUAAAUAUCUGUGAAGUAAAUAGAGGUGGUGUGUGUGCCUAAGUCAGAACCAUGGCUCCGAAACCAAAGAGCCCAUCUGGCAAAAAGAAGGCAUCAGCUGGCAAAAAAAGGCAAAAACAAAUAUUACCCGUUACUGAAGAAGAGGAACCAGUGAACAUGGAGAGCAUGGGUCACCCAGAAAUUUAUCCUUUAGUAUUAACAACCAAGACCCAGGAAAUAUUUAAUUGCCGAAUAGAUGAAGAUGUUACAGAUGAACAACCUCAUAAGCUCAUCAAAAAACAAGACAUUUUAGAAGAUUUGCAUAAUAGAGCUGCAGUAUCUGAUUUCCAUCCAGUCAAAAAACUUGUCCAGGAGUAUCCUGGAGAUGAGCUUCUACUUGUUUAUGAUAAAGAUUUCAAAUAUGGACUUAACUUUUAUCUUAUUGGAACUGAAGAGGGCAAGGAAAACUAUUUAAAUCCCCCAGAAGUACCAGAAGAACAGGAAGAAUAUAAAGAAUAUAUUCCUGAGGAAGUAUAUGCUUAUAAACCACCCGUCUCUAAACCAUGGGUGUCUUUGGGCAGCGAAAAAGAAAUUGAAGAAGAAUCAGUUAAGGGAUCUACAAAGCAGAUUACAUAUAUGAUUUCUCGGAAACGAAGUGAAUUUGGUGCACCAAUUAAAUUUCAUGACCAGAAUGCUUCCAGUGUAAAAGAUGCCUACAUUGAAUGUACCGCCUACCCAGAUCACAUUUUCACCCUUAAACAACUUGAGAAAGAUGUUGGCAUGCAAGUAGUCCCCAAAAUGAAUGACACAAGUACUCAGACAAGAUGGACAUAUCCCAAAAAUGCUGCCACUCAGUAUUAUCCAAGAGAAUUCUCAGAAGAGGAAAAAGAAUCACUCGAACAGUCAAAGACUUUGAGUGAUUUUCUUAACAAUGUGUCUAUAAGUGUUGAAAUAGCCCUGCAGCAAAAUGAAAUCACAAACACAUUUGUUGAUGACUGGAAAUACCUGGCAGAAGAAGAAAGUACCUUUGGGGACAAGACUGACACCCACCUGAAGGAGUACCAGUCAUUUACUGACCUUCAUAGCCCAACGGAGAAAAUGAUUACCUGUGUCUCGUGGCAUCCAACCAUCUACGGGCUAAUAGUUGUGUCAGUAGCUGUGCGACUGUCCUUUGAAGACAGAGUCCACUUUUCUGAUAAGUUAUUGCUGCAACCAUCGCUGAUUCUUUUCUGGAGUUUCUCUGACCCCAUACAUCCUCAGUUAAUGCUGGAGAGCCCCGAAGACAUCUUCUGCUUCCAGUUCUGUCCCAGUGACCCUAACAUCAUUGCUGGAGGCUGUAUAAAUGGGCAGGUCGUCAUGUGGGAUAUCACGGCACACGCGGACCGCAUAGAAAAUAUCAAGGCAGGAGGGAGUAGAAGUAAAAAAGUCACACUGAAGCCUAUGUUUCUCCUCGAACCAGAUAGUAAUAAAGAAGCAAUGUAUAUCAGACACUGUGCAGUCUCUUCGAUAGAAAAUGGACAUAAGAAAGUAAUUACAGAUAUACACUGGCUGUCUGAUCAUUUUGAGAUUAACAGAAUGGGCUUUGUCUUUGAGAAUCGAAGUGGAAUAUGCUGUCAGCUUGUCACUUGCUCAGCAGAUUGCACAAUAUGUUUUUGGGAUAUUAGACCACAGAAACCUUUAACCCCCCAACCAAUAGAGAAGAAGAAAGAAGAAAGUAUUGAAAUUCCUUUUGAUGUACCAUCUACUUUUUUGCAUCUAGAUCUCUCUUGGAAACCUCUCAGUAAGAUAAAGCUGUCUAAGGGUGAGACAAGUUUAGAUCACUGCCCAACCAAGAUCAGCCUGAAUGAAGACCAUAUUCUUUACAAGACACAAGACAAAGUAUUAGCACAGAGCAAAGCGAUGAAGGCAGGAGAAGUGAACCCAUACCAUAACCUGGAAGGCGGCAUGGGCAAUCAUCUGAAGCCAAUCGAUGACUUCUGCACCAAGUUCUUCGUGGGAACAGAGGAAGGUGAAGUGAUAUACACAGACUGGAAAAUGGAGAGAGACCCUGAGACUGGCCGACUGAUGACAAAGAAGCCCGUGAGCCUCUACACUGUCCAUGAUGGAGCUGUCCACACUGUUCAGAGAUCGCCUUUCUACAAUGACAUUAUCCUCACCAUCGGGGGGUGGAACGUGGCCAUCUGGAAAGAGAACGUGAUGACUGGACCCCUCCUUCAGUCAUGCUGUGCACCGAAAAGGUACACCUCAGGACACUGGUCCCUGACAAGGCCUGGAGUUUUCUACAUUGGCCGAGAAGAUGGAUAUGUGGAUAUCUGGGACCUCCUGGAGAAAACCCACGAACCAACCCUGUCGCAAAAUAUUUGCAUAACUAUGAUCACCUACAUCAAACCCUGGACCUUUUCUCCUAAGCAGCAAUUUUUAGCCAUAGCUGAUUAUUACGGAACACUGCAUAUAUUAGAAAUUCCUUGGACACUAAGUCAUCCUUCCAGCAGUGAGGUAUUGAGUGUUAACUACUACUUUGAAAGAGAAGUCAAGCAUCUGGAAUAUGUAGAACAGCGCAAACUUAUUCGUGAGCAAGAGAAGAAAGAAAUGGAGCUGGAAACAGAGCAGAAAAAAGUUAAAACAUAUCAUAAAUCAAAAGAGCAAAUGGAAGCUGAAUUGAAAAUGGACUAUGAGAAUUAUUUGGAACUGGAAAGAACCAUCCUCAUCAGUCUUGGCCUAAUCAAAGUCUCCGAGAAAAUAUCGUACAUGGACUUGUAGGAAAGCUUUCUGAGGGCUGUCUUGGAGACUGUGUGGGACUUCUCUCUCUUUAUUCAUUGUUUUAUGUAGGUGAACCAGCAAACUAAGCAUAUAUAUAGAUAUAUUGAU